AUGUCUUCUAAUAGAAAUAAAUUAGUUAGUGCCGCAAUUAACAGAGCGUAUAUAUUAAUAGAUUAUGAUAAAAAUGAAGAAGAACAAUAUGAAUCUAUUAAACAGAUCAUUCUAACAGACGAAUCACUUACAAAUAACGAAAAGUUAGGAGCAAUAAAUAUAAUAAGUAAGGACUUUGAUGGAUUUAAAAUUCUUGAUAAUAAAGGAACAAAAAGAAAUUGUGUAAAUUGUCAAAAAGAAUGUUUAGCUGAAUUAUACUGUGAGCAUUGUGUCCGAAAUUAUUUAGAAGCUCAAUUUUCAAAAUGGACAUCUGGAAUGAAAAGAUUGAUAGCAUAA